GGGCGGAGCUGGAUACAGCUAGGAAGUGUUGUUUACGGGUUGAAUACCGGAGCACGUCUUCAGGAGCGGCUUAACAAGUAGUGUACCGGCAGGAAGGCAACUGAGGAAUCAUCCAUGAAACAGUGAUCACUCCGUGCAGCGACACUUUGACAUCUGUGUCCUACCAGAAACUCCUCAUGUGCAUCAUUUUUUUCAAGUUUGAUCCCCGCCCUGUCUCCAAGAAUGCUUACAGGCUCAUCCUAGCAGCGAAUAGGGAUGAAUUUUACCACAGACCUGCCAAACCUGCAGACUUCUGGGGCAGCAAUAAUGAGAUUCUUAGUGGUGUGGAUCUGGAGGCAGGGAAGGAAGGAGGAACGUGGUUGGGUAUCUCUAAAAGAGGGAAGUUUGCUGCUCUCACAAACUACUUACAACCAAAAAUAGAUGUAAAUGCCAAAGGCAGAGGUGCCUUGGUGGCCAACUUCCUGACAUCAGAUCUUGAUAGCUUUUCAUAUUUGAAGACGAUAUCUGCUGAGGGACAUCUUUACAAUGCAUUCAACUUGGUUGCAGCAGAUUUCAACAACACAAAUGGAGAUGUGCUUCACUAUUAUGGAUCCAAAGGAGAGCAAGAGCCAAUUCAACUAAAACCCGGACUGUAUGGCGUGAGCUGCAGCCUGCUAGAUACCCCUUGGAAGAAACUCCAACAUGGGAAGAAACUGUUUGCUGACAUCAUCAAAAAGAGCCAGGACAUUGCCAGAGAAGACCUAGUACAGGAGCUUAUUAAAGUGAUGAAUAAUGAAGAACCACAGUUACCAGACCCAGCUAUAGAAGAACAGGGAAAAGACUUUGUCCGGCCAAUCCUACGCAGCUAUUCAGCAGUUUGUGUUCGUUGCCCAGGCUAUGGAACAAGGACCAACACCAUCGUUCUUAUUGAUGGAGAAGGACAAGUGACCUUCACGGAGCGCACAAUGCUAAAUUGUGACAUCACUCAGUGGAAAACCAGCACCUAUCAGUUUAAGCUACAACCCUAGCGCCUCAUCCUAAAGAAAAGUCUGUGUUAACCAAGGAGAAAUAUACAUAACACACCUAUCUGGUGCACGAAAUAUGCGAAAACAUAUUCACUUAUUUGAAAUAACUGUAUCAACUAGCACAAAAGCCAGAGAACCAAAAUAAUUGCAGUAGUGCAAACCACAGCACAACCACCAGUUGGAAAUAUCUCUUUGUCUCUGAACAUGUUUUUUUUAACUUGGUGGUAUUUAUGCAGCAAGCACAUCAAUAAUGCAUCAGAUACCAUAAAAAACAAAUGGGUAGGAAAAACAGUCAGUAUUUUAUCUGUAAUCUGAGCGGCAGAGAUCUGUGAUUUGUAGCCUCUAGUUUUGCUUUAAGAACAUGCAUUAAGAAGUGAUAGGGCUAAUAACGUGAGGACUUCAUUAUGCUGAGAUUUGUAACGUGACGGGAUCAGCCAUCUUGGUUUAUUUUCUUACCAGAGCCUAAGGUUUUAUUUUAAUGACUGAUCUUGAGGCAAGAUAUUAACUAAUAUUAGUGCUGGCUGUUAGAGAGUGCGGCUUCCUAGCUAAAUAGCUUUUAAUAAAAAUGUCAAGCUUUUACAAGAUCCAGUUUUAUGAUCUGGGGAGGGGAAAUAUUGCCUCAAUUAUCUAAAGUAACAAUUCUGAUAAUCUGGCAUGUUUGAGACUAUAAGGGUAAAUGCACACAUUCAGGAUUUAUGUGCGGACAAUCCACACUGAAAUCUGCAAUUGUUCGCAGGGAAAUCCGUACGGUCAAUCCAAAUUAAUUGGUGCGGAUUUGCAUGCAUAUUUGGUGCGGAUUUUACUGUCCCCAUUGAAGUGAAUAAGGAAAAUCCGGACAGGAAAAAUAAAAUAAAUUGACAUGCUGCGGAUUUUAAAAUCCACACCAUAGGUCAAAAACUGCGUGGGAAAAAUCUGCAUCGUGUGCAUGAGAAUUUCAAUUUCUCAUAGAAUACAAUGUACAUGACCUACAGUGCGUAUUUUCUGCACGCAAAUCUGCACAGAAUCCUGAUCGUGUGCAUUUAGCCUAAAGGUUCCACAUUAUUAGAAUUUCUAAGCAGUUGGAAGCACAUAAAUGUAACAUCAUCUGCGUCCUCCAGCAGUAUAGGAUGUUAGAGAAGAGGUCUACAAAAUAGGGGAAAUUUAUCAACAG